AUGCCACGAUCUUCAACCAUCUGGGCGGCCGCCCUCUUCAUGGCCAGCAUGUCUGGCUCCGGCCCACUGCUCACCACUGCCGAGGCCAUGCCUGCACCAGGACCUGGACAAGCACAGGAUCGCCCUCGAUACUACUUUCCACGCCACGUGAAGCGAGACGACAUCAACGCGAUCGUAUCAGCACCGUCGUCAUCUUCUUCCUCGGAACAAAGCACCUCUGACCGGCUCUCGUCGCGUCAGAUUGAUUUCCCCUCU